AUGGACGGAUCAUGUAAUAAUAAAUUGAAUCCCACUUGGGGAAUGAGUUUUACAAGAUUUAAUCGUCUUAUACCAGCAAAUUAUGACGAUGGAUAUUAUGCUCCAAGACGAGCGAGAAGUGGAAAAACUUUACCAUUAGCUCGUGUAUUAAGUCGCAUUUUGAAUCCGGAUAAAAAAAUAAUUGAUAAAAAAUAUACAGCGUUGGUUAUGCAAUGGUCGCAGAGGGGUUUUUUGAAAUGUUUUCCAGCGGAAACAAAUUGCUGCUCUGAAAAAGGAAAAUUAGUUCGUGAUCCCGCCAAGUAUCCACUUUGUUAUCCUGUCCUUGUACCACAAGAUGAUCCUGAUUACGGAAAAAGUGGCAUCGAAUGUUUUAAUUUAUUUGUUCGGAGUAAUACCGAUGUCGAUAGUGGAUGUACUGCACGUGGUGGGGUUCAAAAUCAGUUAACCGGAACGACUCAUUACUUGGAUAUGUCUCUUGUUUAUGGAUCGACGGAUAAAGAGGCUGCUAGUUUGCGGGAAUUUAAAAGAGGUAGAUUACUGACGGACAUUCGUGGUAAUCAGGAAUGGCCACCACACGGCGAUACCUGUGACAAAAAGGCUGAAGUCUGCUACAGAACUGGUAAAUAUUCUCUUUAA